CUUCCAAUGCCCAUCUCACAGCAUUUCGAAAUUCCGCUUGUUAGAGAGAAGGGGGUCGCGAGACUUGGCCCAUGUUUUUGGGCUGGUCGCCAGACAAAACGUUUAAGAACCACUGGUCUAGAGCAACUUACAAUGGCAUAAAACUCUCUAAUAUUCAAAGCGAAAAAUGUGCUGCUGAGUUUGUGUACUAGCCGUACUGCUGAAGUAGGCUAGUCCAGCCUGGUGAGACAGGCCAGGAUCUGUCGGGGAUGGUAGAGGUUGUGGCAUGUGCUUUCAAGAUGUAUUGCCAAGGGACAGAUGAUGCGAGCCAGCUUUGGCAGGGUGUGCGUGUAUGUUUUACACAAGAUCAGAUAAUGUUAAAUGCAAUGACAUUCUACUGCCGUUCCUAAAGUUUCCAUUGUGUUUCCGUGAGCAUGAUUCAGAAUAUGAUUUAAUAUCUCUAUUUCCGUAGUGGGCCGAGGGCGGCCAAAAUAAACCGAAUAUAAGAGAUAAGAAUCUACUGCGCCAUCGCCUUUGACGUUUAAGAAAUCCGGACAGCCACAGUAGUCUAGAAAAUAUAUAUCAGUAAUUGCCAUAUUGUUGAAGGGCGUCUGUCUGCGCGGGAGCAUAGGCUACGCAUGAAUUUGACAUCAUAAUGGUGUUGGAUUUGAAUGGAAUUUGAAUUUCAGCUCGGACGGGUGUGGGUAAACAGUUUGACGAGUGCGCUCAGGUAAACGGAUGGAUUCGGAGGAGAGCACCGUGUCGUUACGGCAACAGAACGAUCAGCUACGGCAAGAGAAUGAGUACCUGAAGCUGACGCUGGGUCUUCUGCGGGAGAAUCAGACCCUCCGGUCCAAACUUUACGGCACCGACCCGUCCACUGCCCACGGCCCGCUAGAAAAGGUCAGUGCUGUGACCUGGGAGGACACGCUGGACGAUGGCUGCUUCACCAUUGACCUCCUGAAGGCUCCUCACAGGACCUCGUCUCCCUUGGAGACCACCACGGCCAAGAAGUCCGCACUGAAGAGCCCGCACCUGGACAAUGACCAGCAGGAGAGCUACCUGCCGCAGGUGAAAGUAUGUGUGUGUGCAUGUGUGCCUGUUUGUGCGUCUGUGUGUGUGUGUGUGUGGUCAUACCCAGAGCGGCUGGUCGGUGAGAUAGCGUUCCAGCUGGACCGGAGGAUUCUGGGUAACGUGUUCCAGGAGCAGCACCGACUCUACGGCUUCACAGUGGCCAACAUCCCCGACAAGAUCACACAGGUGUGCACCCACCCUGUGAGUGGUAAAGUGGACGAGUCUCUGCGGACGCGUCUGACGGGCCAGUACCAUGCGCUGCUCGAGCGGUUGGGCCGUUUUGGCUACAAUGCCGGACACCACGCGUCCUUUGCUGAGUUCAUGGUGAACACCUACGGAAUCCUGCGGCAGCGGCCGGACCCACGCAGCGCCCAGAACAGUUGCUAUGGAAACCCAGCGUCCCUGCAGCGCCUGGUGGUCAACACGGUGCCCUCCACCCUGCUCAAGGACGCCCUGCUGCUGCACACCUGCCUCUGUUACCUGGCCGAGCAGGAUGGGAAACCCCUUUUCCUGUGGUAGCCACACCUCUUCCUGUGGUAGCCACGACUCUUCCUUUGGUGGCCAGACCUCUUCUCGUGAAAACCACACCCUUUAUUGGGAUAGCCACAUCUGUUUCAGUGAUAGACAUCUUCCAGCAGUGCUGGUUACACCCCCACAUAGACAUCAAACUUUUACACAUGCAUUAGCGCAUAUACUGUAACUGUUGAAAUAACUGUUCACACUUACACACACUCUUGCCCUCUCUCUCAGACACACACACAAAUUCCUGAUCCAACAGUGUUUAUUCUUUUGCUCACUCACACUCACUCCCUUUGUAGCAUGGCCAGGUGUGAGAGGGGGGUAGAAACCAUUCUGAUAAAACCUCAUCUCAAACCA